AUGGGCUGGGUAGCUAAUGCGAUUCCAGAGGUUGAAGCCCAGUCACAGUGGGCAUCCAUUCUCGCCGUUUGCGUCGUCUUGUCCGCGCUUUCAAUAGCCACAGUCAGCUGCCGCCUUUGGGUUCGCGGCAACUCUCGCGGUUUCGCUGGGGACGACUACAUGUCCGCCUCGUCAAUGGUGUUUGCCCUCGUCUAUUCAGUUCUUUGCGUCGUACAGACCAGAUAUGGUUUGGGGUUGCCGGUCAAGCUUCGGCCCCAGGCAGACGCCGCCCCUUAUGCCCGAGUCAAUUUCGCCGGUCGUCCCAUCUAUCAGGUCGGCAUAUCUUUCUUCAAGAUUGCCCUGUUGAUAAGUUACCUGCGUCUUCUCCAGGGCACCGAUCACAGAACCUACCGCUUGGUUGUUCGCGCCACCAUUGCCAUCGUUUUCCUGGCACACGUGGGUUGCGCCAUCUCACUGAUAUUUGCCUGCUCUCCCGUCCAAAAGUCGUGGAAGCCUUGGGUUCCAGGAACAUGCCUGCAACCUGGUCCUUCAUUCACUGGAUAUGCUGUCGUCACCAUCAUUUCUGAUAUUGUCGUGGCCAUCUUGCCUGUUCCCGUCCUCCUGCGGCUCAACAUACGACUCGAGAAGAAGAUUGGUCUGGUUUUUCUUUUCAUGCUUGGGCUCUUUACCACGCUAUGUUCCAUCUUCCGAUAUAUUCAAAUCGAUAGAAUCCAAAAUGGUGAUGGGAACUCCACCAUGCUUGUCCUCUGGGGCACUAUUGAGUUCAAUGUCGGCAAUAUGGUAUCCUCGCUGCCCUUUCUAGCACCUGUGUGUAUGAAGAAAGCCAGGGACUACCGAUACAAGUUCUCUGGAGGUUAUGGCUCUAAUAGCGACCAAGCCCGCGGGCGUCUUGGCUUGGUAAACGAGCAUUACAAGCUUAGCGACAUCGGUAACGGCAAGAGCGUCUUUUCUACCCACAAAUCCAUAAGCCAAGAAAAUAUGCUCGAAAGUGGCGCCAUUAUUAAAUCAGUGACAUAUCGCGUGCAAAUUCUUGAUGAAGGCGAGUUGCGACAACAACGCGAUACCAAGUCGACGGAAUGUCCUGUUUGA